CUGCAAAAAUACUUUAUAUAAUGUACGAUUUGCUGAGCGCAGAGUACAAUACAGUUAAUAUGGUUCUGUCACUUCCUCAGGAAUACGUUAUAUAAAACUGUCUUUGCCACAUAAUUAUAUUGUAGAAUGACAGGAGACUAGAUUAAUAGUUCUUCAGGCUUGACAGAAUACCAUAUCGCCUUCAUGCCCCACACAGAGACACAUGAAUAAAUAUGAAAACAAUGUCAUUUGACUAUGUAUCUAUACAUUUCCAAUUCUAUUCCAGUGGAGGGGAAGGACGGUUUUAUGACUCCAGAACUGGAUUGGUAUGAUCUGGAUUCAAUUCCCAGCUAUGGUGUAGACUCGUGUGUGGCCUGCCCUGGAGGAAAUCUCUUGAUCUCCUUGGGUGUCAGUUUCUCCUCUGGAUAACAGGGAUAAUUUCAUGCUUCUUUUCUCCCACCCUCUGUCUGGCCUGUCUCUUUAAACUGCAAACUUUGGAACAGGGAUGGUCUCCUCCGACCCUAAUAAGUCUUUACAGGCGCUGGCAUAAUGAGACUGCUUACAGCUCCAGGUGCUCCUGCGAUGCAAACAAGGAGUGCACUACAUGCACACGCAUCCUGAUUUAAUAUCCUGAUUUUCUCGCGCUCUCUCGGGACAUUCUGUCCAUUCCUCAGCCCGCAUGUACACACGUCUCCUCGGCUCCAGUGAACUCCCCGAAGGGAGCCAAGCCCUGAUCCCGGGGGCAGUGCCUUGCAACCGAGCCGGGUGACCUGGGCGCAGGCAGGAACACCGGCGUUGCAAACGGAGCACUUGCAUAAGCAGCCAGUCCCUUGCCAGGUGGCGUUAGGGACCAGCCCGAGCCGCCCCAAGGGGGAUGCUGCAGGCGGGCGCGGGGUCAGUGACUCCUUUCCCCCAGACCCUCCCCCCCAAGGCUCCCUGUCUCUCCCUCCAAGCAAACUCCAGCCCCUCGGUUAUGAAACGCAGCCCGCAAGGUCUGUUUCACAACAGGGGCGGGCCUGAGCCGGCCGCCAAUGGGCAGGCGCCGGAGCCCCAUCACAUGGGGGCUGCUCCAGAUUUUACGUAAUGUAGUUUUGUGCAAGCAACAAAAGCGGUGGCGAGCCGGGGGGAGGGGGCCAAGCCCCCUCCCCUCCCCCCGACAAAUCGCUCCUCGGGGAUGGAGCUGGGCUGCUCCAGCCCUGGGGAAGUGACUGCACCCACCUGCCCCCCCCCGCCUUCCUCCCAGGGAAGAGGAGGGUGGGAGGAGCAGCCUCCUCCCCCAGGCAGGGCGGCACAAGGGAUGCGAAAGGGGAGAUCCGGGGAAACCUGUCAGAGCGGGUCCGAGACGGUGACCCCGACACGCAGGCCGGGGAGGGGGUGUCACCCACGGGCAGCCCGAGCGAGCCCCGCUGCCCCCGGGGGCUGUGCCAGCCAGGCGAGGAUGGGCUGAGGGGCGCGGAGGGUCCUUGGGUGCUUCGCUCGGGUGCGCGGCUCUCAGCCCCUCGCCUUGUCUCGGGGCACCCCCCGCCCCAGUGUCCCUGGCCCUGCGGGGGCCCGGAGCCUGUGGCGGGGCGGAAAUCCAGCCCGUCCCCCGCGCCCCGGCCAGCCCGGCUCCAGGGGCGCAUCCCGGCGCGCUGCUGCCCGGGGGAGGGUCGCGGUAGCGCCCCGCCGCCGCGGGCCGGGGCCAGAGCCGGAGCUAUGGACGUUUUCCUCUGCCCCGCGUGUCGGCUUGUCCUGUGGGACCCGGUGACCGUCUCCUGCGGCCAUUCCUUCUGCAAGCGGUGCCUGGGCGAGGCGCUGCCCUCCCGCUGCCUCGUGUGCCGGGGCCGGCUGAGACUCCCGGGCUCCAGAGCGGUGCAUUGUAACGUCCUGCUGGGCAGCCUGCUGGAGAAGUGCCUGGCCCGGGACACCCAGCUGGCCCGGCUGCAAAGCCACGCGCAGGAGCUGCUCCGGGGCCGGGACUACCGGGCUGCUCUGAGGACCACCCAGAAAGGGCUCGAACUGGCUCCUGAUGAUGUUUCGCUGAGGCUGUGCCGGUCGGAGGCGUAUGUGGCCCUGCAGCAGUACUCAGAGGCGCUGGAGGAUUUGGAGGUGGUGUGCCGGAGUGAGCCAGAAGAGUGUGAGGGCUAUUUCCGGAAAGGGAAGGUGCUGCUGGAGUUGGGAGAGAAGUCCGAAGCCUUGCUGCAGUUCCACCAUUGCCUUACACUCAAUCCCAGCUUCCCUGCCGCUCAACACGAGAUGGAAAAGAUCCUCACACAGGCUGACUCCCCACUCCCAGGCACUGUCGUGGAGCUACUGAGUGCUGCCAGCCUGGACUUUAAAAGCUCCAACUCAGGGAAGGAAGAAGCAGACCCUCUGCUGAGGCCCUCUUCCGGAGGAGAGUACGGGCAGGAUCCAGAGAGAGAGACGGAGGAUGGGAAGGAGGAAGCUUUGUCUGAACGUAGCCAGUUGGAGCCUCAAAGUCCCCAGCAGCCUGCCUGGUGGCCGAGGAGAAGGAAAGACUCAGGGACUUCAGCAGAGAGGCAAGAGGGGAGAUCAUUAGGUAUUGGGGAGGAAACGGCAGACACAGCAACAGCAAAAUCUAGCCAUCGCCACGAGCCAGAGCUUAGGGACCUACUGAGCGUGUCUGACCUGGAGUGCUCUCUCUGCAUACGGAUGUUCUUUGAGCCAGUGACCACGCCCUGCGGCCACACCUUCUGCAAGGAGUGCCUGGAGCGCAGUCUGGACCACAGGCCCAACUGCCCACUCUGCAAACAGAGCCUGAGAGAGUAUUUGAAGGCUGGGAAGUACAACCCCACCGUGCUGCUGGUGGAGAUCAUGGUGGCCACCUUUCCCUCGCAGCUGGCAGACAGGAAACGGGUGCAUGAGGCUGAGAUGGCAGAGCUCUCAAACCUGACCAAGAACAUCCCCAUCUUCGUGUGCACCAUGUCUUUCCCGGGCAUCUCGUGCCCGCUGCAUGUCUUUGAACCUCGCUACCGUCUCAUGAUGCGGAGGUGCCAGGAAACCGGCACGAAGAUGUUUGGCAUGUGUAUGUAUGAGAAUGGGAAGAGUUUCGCGGACUACGGCUGCAUGUUGGAGAUUCAGCACAUAGAGUUCUUGGCCGAUGGGCGAUCCCUGGUGGACACGAUAGGAAGGCGUCGGUUCCGGGUGCUGAGACGGGGACACAGGGACGGCUACAACACUGCUGAUAUCGAGUACCUGGAGGAUGAGAAGGUGGAAGGGGAAGAACUGGCUGAGCUGCAGCAUCUGCACGAAUGCACCUACCAGCAGGCGCAGAAGUUUUGUGAACAUGGGGAUGCCGCCUUGAGGCAGAUUCUGAUGCACCGCGGACCCCUGCCUGAGAAGGAAGAGGACAUCCAGGCCACCAAAGAUGGACCAGCUUGGUGUUGGUGGCUUAUUUCCAUCUUGCCCCUGGACCCAUCCGACCAGCUCCGGCUCUUUGCCACCACCUCGCUGCGGGCCCGCCUCACUCAGCUGAAGCACAUCCUGACCGGCAUUCUGCAGCGCCGCGAUUACGGCCACCAACUCGCAGACCUCCGCCCGAGAGGCAGGAUCUAAAAUCCAGGGCAUUGCCGGUGCCUUGGCCAACUCGACAAGCACUUUGGGAGGGCCGGCCACGGGUGGGUUGGAGAUGUUGCCCGUUUUAUUUCUGUGUUUGGCCUCCAUGUUUUUACUGUCUUUUCUUCCUCACACUGACCUCAGCAGCCGGCCGCGCGCAAGCCUCUCCGGCAAACAGAGCUGGAAAGGGCACGCAGUGGCAGCUAGACUCCUUGAUUGAUUAGUGAUACCAUGCCGUCCAUGCAGUCUUGAUAAGCUGCUUAGGGGAUUUAGGAGCAUCUCACUAGGUCUGAGGAAGGUAGCAAGUCUGAAGGUGGGGCCAGGCUAAGGACACUGGCUUGCCUCUAUGAGCCAAAGCCCCAUGCCAAGUUAUUUUGGUAUCAAGAAAUCUCAAGGGCAACUAGAAAUGAAUGCCAGGUGUCGCGUUGUUUUGGACUCUUCCACAUUCAGGGUCACUAGUGUUUGCUAGCUUGUCCCAGUCUCUGCAUGCUAGGUGAGGAAAAGGGGCUUUAAAUCAUUGGAAGCGUUGUAACAGGAGGGGGGAGGUUUCAGUAGCUUCCCGUGAGUUAGAAUUGGUGCCUUUAAUCAUGAGUUUGAUCUGAUAGUCCAUAAAAAAGAGAAUUAAGUUAAAUUAAUUAAAUUAAAUAAAAUAAUCGGAUCUUCUCAGGUCAGCUUCUAACAGCUGCUUAUGGCCAAAAAUCCCGAAAGAGAAGUUGCUACUUUAAUAUACCCAGUUCAGUACGUUCCCGUCUUUCAGGUUUGCUUCCUUCUCUGCUUUUGUUUGGGUGUCUGAAUUUGCAGAAAGUUUCUGCCCCUUAUUCAGUCUGGCAAUGCUAAGAGAUGCUGCUGCGUUGCUCUUGCAAGGGUCAGCCACCCGUUUCUCAUGGACUCAGAGACUUUAAGGCCAGAUGAGACCAUCGUGAUCAUCUAGUCUGACCUGCACGUUGCAGGCCAUAGACCUUCAAUCGCCCACUCCUGUCAUAGACCCAUAACCUCUGGCUGAGUUACUGACGUCCUCAAAGCAUGGUUUAAAGGCUUCAAGUUACAGAGAAUCCACCACUUACAUUAGGUUAAACCUGCAAGUGACCCAUGCCCCAUGCUGCAGAGGAAGGCAAAAAACCUCCCAGGGUCUCUGCCAAUCUGACUUGGGGGGAGGAGGGAGAUUCUUUUCUGACCCCAACUAUGGCGAUCAGUUAGACCCUGGGCAUGUGUGUGAGACCUGGGAAAGAAUUCUCUGUAGGGACUCAGAAACCUCCACAUGUAGUUUCCAUCUGCUCCAAGAGGAAUGCCAUGGACCGAGGAAGGCAGGGAGAGUUUGCUCAGAUGAGAGGCGUGCCAAAGAGGCCGCGGUUGGAUCUGGAUUGAGUUUAAGCUGGGGUUCUGCUUCUGGGCCAGCUCAUUAAAAGCUUUGGGUUUGAAGGCACCAAAAUCUCAGGCAGUUUGGCCCACAAAUAAUUUUAUGAGAUUUCUGACAUCUUGAGUGGUGGAAAUCUUGUGAGAGCAGCAUUUCUUGUGAUAUUUCUGCCAUUUUGGGCUGAAAUCUUUUGUCCUGAGAUUUUGACUGCAGUUUGAACUGAGAUCAGAAGAUGAGGUUCUUCCAGUUUCGGAUGCAACCUUCAAAUGAAACCGAGAGAGACAGGUUUGGGGCUGGGGCUUCAAAUCUAAAUGUCCAUAAAUUCAGCGUGGUUCGGUUGAGCUGAUCUGGGAUUCUUCUGGCUAGUGAUGGGCCCGUGAUGCUAAGGUUGAUCUGGAUCUAAACUUCUCCGUAGCAGGCGAGCAAGAGUCGAGUGCCUAUGACUCAUUUCCUCUUGUCACUUAAUACAAUGGAAUGAGAUGAAAGGUGGAGGAAAUGAGCUAGGAGUUUGUGGCUGCUUUUCUGUAGAUGAUCUAGACUGGGUCGUUUUCUCUCCCAACAACAUUAUUUCUAAGGGGUUGGGUUUAAUUUUAUUUAGUUCUUUAUUUAAAAAAUAAUCAGUCGCUGGGUUACGGAUUUGCCAGGAUCUCAUCCCUGCCUGCCCCAUCUGUCCCAACUACCAUCAGGAGGCUCCAUGUGCUAUCGUGAGAGGCCAGUCUAGGCCAUGCUGCCUGGCCUGUUGCCCCAUGAUCUCUGGAGCAAGGUGGGGCUGUGGUGGUCUCCACUGGAGGAGCUCUUCCUCUGUUUUCUUUUUGGGCCUCAUCCUCAGCUACUCCCGUUUACACCAGCAGAGUAUCUGGCGUAUGAGCUCGGAUCUAGAAUGGUUCAGGUGAUCAUCUCUCACCGGGUUCAGUAUUAUUUGUACCAUGUAGGAAAGGAUUGAGAAUCUCCAGCCCCUCUGCCCGCUCCACCCUGAUCCCCUCAGUUCAGGCAUCUCUGCUCACCCUCAGCACCCUUCUUCCCCCACCACUCCAGCGUUGGAGGUUUGAUUCCCUACUUCCCAACAAAGUGCCUUGCUUGGGGGAUGACCGUCCAGACUAGCUGAGGCCUGCAGUUCCUGAGAAGCUGAAGACAGAAUGGGGUGGCUGGUAAGGAUGGGUCAAAGCUGGAUUUUUGUCUUCACCCCUGGACUUGGCUUUUCCCUCUCAUGCUUUGCCCCUGUUACUACAGCACUGGGCCCAUGGUGAUCCCCGAAGGCGACCGUAGUGGCGCGACAACGGGGACUGAGGGGCUCUGGCUGCCUGGCCUGUGGGGGAACCCCCAGAGUUUUGGGUAGGAUGAGGGCAGGGGUGACCACACGGGGGGGCCGCAGUGGAUUACUGAAGGGACUGGCUGCUGCUGCUGGGAAUGGAAAUAAUGAAGGGGGUUUGAAAGCCAAUGGCAAACGCACAGAUUUCUCUCCACUGAACUUCGGGAAGUGCCUUUAAUUUAUUUGUGGCAGGUGUGAUCGGUUCACCAAGCUGAUCAGAAGGCUCUUAAGCACUGGGGUUUCCAUUCGCCACCCCAGCCCCUUCCUGUGGCCUCAAGCUGCAGAUUCCACUGGCCAACGUGUUCACCCUACACCUCGUUCAUCCCCUGUGACCCCCCCGGUUCGCUGUCAUGCCUAUUCUGGUAGCACAGGUAAGAUGUGGCGGGGGCAGUGUCUGGAAGUUGCUGCUAAGACUUUGCCAUUUAGCAGUAGUGAUCUAGCUUAGGAAUUGGCAAGCCCCAGGGAGGGUGACCACCGGAGCCUCUUCUCCUUCCACGUCUGCGUCUGGUAGAGACUCGUUGGAAUCGCUCCAGUUCGCUUGGAGUCCAUUUGGAUUUUUAUGAGCAGGAUUUUUCUCUUUGAACAAAACUUUCCAUAUUGUCAAAGAAAUAAAGGAGGGUGUUUUGUGUUGUGCCUGUUUGAA